GCAACGUUUAUGAGAGCACAUCAGUCGUGUUGUAACUUCAGCUCUCGUCCACAUCUCUUCAAGACAGGAUGACGCAUUUCAAGACGAUCCUCGCAUCUCUGGCCACCCUAUUGGUGAUGGAGACGACAGCAGUGGAGUACUACUCCUACCACGCCGAAUCCGAGCACUACGCUCCAGCCAGGUACUCGUUCCAAUACGCCGUGCAGGACGACCACACGGGGGACGUCAAGAGUCAGAAGGAGAGCAGGGAGGGCGACUCGGUCAAGGGAUACUACACCCUCGUGCAGCCCGACGGCAAGAAGAGGAUCGUCGAGUACUCAGCCGACAAGAAAACAGGAUUCGUUGCUAAUGUGAGGUAUGAGGGAGGAUAUGCGAAACAAGUCUACGCCCCCAACCACAAGACACCGGCCCCUGCUCCCGCCCCCAAACCCCAACCACUCGCCGUCAAAUACUUGGGAAACAAGAUCGAGGAAGAACAGCCCAAACAAGAUGAAUUCAACUUUGAACUCUCCAAAUACGAAUCGCCCAAGUUCGAUGCCUUCAAGUACGGUUCAGCCAAACUGGAACUCCCCGAGUUCAAAGACCUCGCCACAUAUGAUUUCUCCAACUUCGAGUCCCCCAAAUACGAAGCUCCCAAGUUUGAUUUCUCACAGUACAUGAAGGAAGUCAAAGGUGAAGCCCCUAAAAUCGACUUCUCAAAGUAUAUGAAAGCCAUGAAAGUUGAAGCCCCUAAAAUCGACUUCCCACAGUACAUGAAAGCCAUGAAAGUUGAAGCCCCUAAAAUCGACUUCUCACAGUAUGUGAAAACAGCCAAAGUUGAAGCACCGAAAGUCGAAGAGCCGAAAGCCAACACCGCAUUCUCAGAUGUUUUCUCGCAAGCAUUAUUGAACACUCCUUACUUCAACUACACAUUCACAACAACCCUGCUGCUAGCCAUGGUCUGCGCAGUCUGUCUGGCCUACCACGAGCCGCAACAGCCCUACAAGUUCGAGUACGGUGUGAAGGACGCGCACACCGGCGACAUCAAGAGCCAACACGAGACGAGCGACGGCCACUCGGUCAAAGGCCACUACACACUGGUCGAGUCCGACGGCAGGAAGAGAGUCGUCCACUACACGGCCGAUCCACACCACGGCUUCAACGCAGUCGUCCACCAUGAGGGAGGAUAUGGGGGCUACAGUCACCAGUCUGGUGGGUUCAAUCAGCAAUCAGCUGGCCAAUUCAGUCACCAGUCUGGGGGGUUCUACGGAGGGUUCAAUCAGCAAUCAGAUGCUGGUUUCGGCGGCGGACUGGCAGCUGGUCACUUCUACCCCACAUCAAGAGUUGAUGGCUUCAGCGGCCAUAAAUACUCCACCAACCAUGCCUCCGGUUAUUUCCACAACCCCUAUGCUUUUUACAAGUUUUAAUUUGUACAAGUUUGUAAUUUACAAAAUAGUAUACAAUUUUUAAUUUGCAUAAGGGGAAUUUCAGAGUAGUUUUUUCCCAUAAAGUGCGACAGAAUGCAUUUAAGCAGAUGGUUAUGGUAUUACUAUACAAAAACUAAAAAAUGCAUGAGUUUGCCCCCACCAACCCUACAUUAGAUAGAGAAUUUGAACAAAACUGUGCUGGGACUGUCUUGAAUAAUUCGUGAGUUUAUAGAAAUAAUAACAUAGUACCCUUCUUUUAGAACUUUUUAAUAUAAACAAAUAAGAGUGUUUAUAUAGGUUUUUAACACUCUUAUAUGUUUAUUAUGAAAACGAAUUGAAAAGGGUUUUAUGUUAUUUCUAUUUUAAUUAACCAUUCCAUUAGCCCUAUUGAAAUAUUUUAUUAGAAAAUUCGUGAGUUAUUGCUUUCAUCAAAAAAUGAUGCUCUCUACUGAAUAGAGAUGGUGAUAGGGAGAAAUUGUCUUGAGAUUUGAAAUGUACUGUACUUAAAUGAUUUGAUAGAUUCUUUUUAUUAAAAUAAGUGGUGCAAUGAGUGGAAUCAUUGUGAACGGGCCUACGUUUGUGAAGAAUAGGAUUCGAAUGUGUAUGUGUGAAAAUACCAAAUUCAAAUAAGAUAAGCCUAUACUUAGUGGAAUAAGCAAUCUGAAAAACAAAAAAAUCAAUCAUCUACAUACUGAAAACAAAACCAACAUUCAAAAAUGCUAUUGGAAUAGAGUGAUUUUCUUCAACACUAGUGAUUUCUUGAUAAGAAAAUGUAUUAUUCUAUCAAUAAUGAUCUGUUCUGUUUAA